AUGAAUGGAAUGCAAGACCUCUAUGGGCAGCCGUACCCGGCGAUGGACCCUUCUGGCAGCUACCCGCAGGACGCAAGCAUAAACAAUCUCGAUGCCGGCGCCGAGACGCUGGAUCAGAUCCUAUCCCAGAACAAUGAAGAGCUCAUGCGUCGACGGAGUGUAUAUAAUCCCAACCAGUUCAACCAACAUGCGCAUCAAAACCGCGGAAGAAGAGCAUCACUGAUGGCCUUCGGUACAACCGACUUGGCCGACUUUCAGUUUGACCCCAAUCCUGCCCCUCCUGAGCUGCAACAAAUGCCAGAUAUCGUGUCGCAUUCGAAAGCGCUGGACCCGCGCCGAGUCCGGUCGAAGGAAGAUCUCGCCCUCAAUACCCAGUUUCGGCAGAUGAAUACGAGCUAUGACCUGAGUCCCAAUGUCACCACUUACUCGCCCGCAAUGAUGGGCCAUUCAAUGGCGGGGGAGCCGAACAACUACAUACCUACUGCCAUGGACAUGUCGAUGGACUUCGAUGCGAUGGCAGGCGAUGCGACGCCAAUGAGUGUUCACCCCGGCAUGCAGCAACCACUUUAUAGCGAAUCUCCCCUGUCGACCGGCUUUCCCGUCCCAUAUGCUCACCCAAAUCACGACCCGGACGGGGACGUCGCGAGCCCUCACACACCCAUAAACAGCACUUCAGCUGGUCAAAUGCCGCAAAACUUCUCAAACAAGAAGACAUCUCUCCGCAGGAAUCCCUCUGCGCCAAUGGCACCCAGCCCACUAUCUAUGGUUGGCGGCUCCGCUGGUCAUUCCGUUAUGCCAUCACCGCUCCACGCGCAGAAUCCUUUAUCACGACGACAGUCGGUGGAAGGGCAAUCACCUUUUACAAAUAAUGGUAUAGGUGAUUUUUCCUUGAACGUACCCGGUACUAACCUCGCGCAGAUAUCGCAACUUCCAACCAUGCAGGGGCCUACCGAUCCUGGUAUAUCUCGUUUCCACAAUGCCUACUCAUCCAGCGGCUUCGACAUGCUUGGUGUUUUGAUGAGGGUCGCAACCCGUAGGAAACCCGAAAUCAACAUAGGCCCAGUAGAUUUGUCGUGCGCAUUCGUGGUCUGUGACAUCGACAAGCACGAUCUUCCCAUUGUGUACUGCUCGGAUAUGUUCGAGCGUCUUACAGGCUACACACGGUAUGAGAUCCUUGGCCGGAAUUGCCGCUUUUUGCAAGCUCCAGAUGGCAAAGUUCAAUCGGGCGUCAAGCGCAAGUAUGUCGACGAUCAAUCCGUGCUCUAUCUGAAGAACCAGAUCAACAAACGUGCCGAGGCACAGCUCAGCCUGAUCAACUACCGGAAGGGUGGCCAGCCGUUCAUGAAUCUAUUGACCAUGAUCCCAAUCGCUUGGGACACGGAGGAGUAUCGCUACUUCGUGGGCUUUCAAGUCGACCUGGUUGAGCAGCCGAACAGCGUAAGUGGCAGAAAUCCAGACGGAACCUACGCGAUCAACUACAAUCGAAGUGCUAUGCCAGCGUAUUCCCUGCCGGUUCCACCAGAUCCAAACUCCGGCUUGACCGACAUGGGCCAGACAAUCCCGAGGGACGAAGUUUCACAGGUGUUGAGCGCCAUCGGGGCCGGUGAGACCGACCAGACACGCAGAAUAUUCGACAAGGUGCUCCUGGAAAACACGGACGAUGUCGUACAUGUUCUUUCACUCAAAGGUCUGUUCUUGUACCUCUCUCCAGCAAGUCGAAAGGUGCUAGAAUACGAUGCGAACGAACUUGUCGGCACACCGCUGUCAUCUGUCUGCCACCCCAGUGACAUCGUCCCUGUUACGCGGGAGCUUAAAGACUCGGCUGGCGGGGCGCCUGUCAAUGUAGUCUAUCGCAUCCGACGCAAACACUCAGGCUAUACCUGGUUUGAAGCUCACGGCUGCCUACAUACCGAGCAAGGCAAAGGUCGUAAGUGCAUGAUUAUGGUUGGCCGCGAGCGUCCUGUCUACGCCAUUGAUAGAAAGGAACUUUCCAACGACGGCGGCGUCGGUGACAGCGAGCUCUGGAGCAAGUUGUCCACCUCUGGAAUGUUCCUGUAUAUUUCCUCCAACUCGCGCGCUAUGCUCGAUCGCCUCCCCGAAGACAUGAUCGGCGUGAGCAUGCAAUCUUUGAUGCGGCCUGAGUCGAAGCGGGAAUUCCUCCGCAUCCUUGAGCGAGCCCGCGUGGGCGAGAAGGGAACCUUCAAGCAUGAUUUGCAGAACCGUCGGGGUCAAGUCCUGCAGGCACAGACCACCAUUUAUCCUGGCGACGCGAAAAAGGGUGCCAAACCUACAUUCGUUCUUGCGCAGACGCGUUUGCUGAAAAUGACGCGAGCUAUGCUUUUGCAGCAGAAGAACAAUAAUCCUACUUCCUCGGUCGCGAGUGAGGGCAGCACGACCCCGAAUCGAAUGUCGGAUGCCGCCGCUGGCUCUGCCGCUGGUUCAACUACGCCUCGAACCGAUCCAGGUGUCAUCACACAGGCAGGGAGUGGCGGCUUGCCACUCGGAAACCAAGACGAAGCACUCGCAAGCGAGGACAACAUAUUUGACGAAUUGAAGACCACCCGGAGCACAUCUUGGCAAUUUGAGUUGCGACAAAUGGAGCGCCAGAACCGCAUGCUGGCUGAGGAACUUCAAGGCCUUGUAAGCCGCCGGAAGAAACGGAAGAGGAGGAAGGGACUGGGUCAGUUAGAGAAGGAUUGCGCCAACUGCCACACCCGGGUCACGCCGGAGUGGCGGCGGGGUCCCAGUGGGCAGAGGGACCUUUGCAAUUCUUGUGGGCUGCGGUGGGCGAAACAGAACGGGCGCGUUUCCCCUAGAAAUAAGACCGGUACCUCAGAAAAGAACUCGACAUCAUCGCCAUAUGUCUCGGGCGAAAAUACAGCACAGGGGAUUGGAGCUGCAUCGACUGAUAAUAACCGCAAGAGCCCCCACUUUGCGAACCAGAUAUCCAACAAGAGUCCUCUCAGUCAAGCGCAAAGUGCUGAAGAGCAGGGCCAACCCGCGCAGAGGGGCACUCUGCCACAAACCAUUGACGAAGGAGAAGAACCGCCGGGAUCACAGGUUUUACCUGCUUGA